AUGCCUAAGUCUAAACGAUCACAACGCGUAACAAUAUCAAAAUCAUCAAAAAAAUUAAAAACAAAUCGUGGUCUUGAAUUAAAACAAGAAUUAGUUAAAAAAAUUCGUUCACGUCUUGAUCAAUGUUCACAUUUAUUUGUUGUUCGUCUUUAUAAUGAACGUACAGAAAAAUUACAAAUAGUUCGUGCACAUUUUCCACCAUCUGAAUCUUCAUAUUUUUUAUUUGGAAAAAAUCGUGUUAUGCAACUUGCUUUAGGACGAACACCAGCAACUGAAUAUUUACCAUCAUUAUCUAAAAUAUCUCCUUAUCUUGUUGGAAAAGUUGGUUUAAUGUUAACAAAUCGAUCACCACAAGAAGUUUUAGAAUAUUUUAAUCAAUUAGAAAUGGAAGAUUAUGCAAGAGCAGGAAAUCAUGUUAAACAAACUGUUACUAUUGAUGAAGGAUCAUUAGAUGGUUUUCAACAUACAAUGGAACCUUUAUUAAGAUCUUUAGGUUUAAUGACAACAUUAAAAAAAGGUAUUAUUCAUUUACUUAAACCAUUUACUAUUUGUUCAAAAGGUGAUGUUUUAACACCUGAACAAGCGAAAUUAUUAAAAUUAUUUCAACGUCCUUUAGCACAAUUUAAAAUAAAAGUUAAAGUUCAUUGGAAUAAACAAAAUGAACAACUUCAAAUAUUUGAUUUACAUGAUGAAGAUGAUGAAGUACAAGAUCAUGAUCAACAAGCAGAAGAAAAUGAUGAAGAAAUUAUUGAACAAGAUGAUGAAAAUUAA